AUGGAACGCAUUCAGCUGACGGUGCAACCUGUCAUCCAUCGACUACCAGUCCAUGUGCCGCACACUCAUCGCGGCUGGGCAUUGCGAUUUUCAGAUGGCACCUAUGACAUCAGCUAUGAAGACUUGAGUGAUGUCCACCAUCCUCGUGGCCGCUUUCCAAAGCCAGUCCAAGUGGGAAUCUUUUUCUAUGGAUAUGGUGAUCCUGAAGAAGACGACAUCGAAGCACCAGCAUCCAUGGGUGAUGCUGAACCAGCACCGCCUGACCAGCGACCUCAUGAAGUCCAACCGCAACCUUAUGAAGUACAACCGUUGACAGAAGAUGACCCAAGAAGACAAAUCCAGCUAUCACCACCGCACGGCAUACACUUCAAGCCCGGCACCAAGAUCUCACAAGAGAUGAAGCACAUGCUUUCAAGAGUGCACCGCAACAUGGGACACCCCAGUGCCGGCGAGUUGAAGAACAUGCUGUCUAUGUCGGGCGCUCGUGACCCGGCUUUGUUUGCCGCCAUCGAUGGCGUGACCUGCGACACUUGCGAGAGGACUCGCAUGCCACCUCGACCUCCUCUAGCACAUCCACCUCGCGAUGGCUUUCAGCAGUUUGGAGAUUCAUUGCAGAUCGACAUUGUCUACUGUCGUGACACCGGCGGAGCAAACUACCCCAUCCUUGGGGUGAUCUGUGAAACCACACACCUUCACACUGCCACAGUCUUGGAGAGCCGAGCACCAGAAGAGACCUUCCGCAAGUUCAUGCUUUGUUGGGGCAGACCUUAUGGACUACCUCUCACAAUCCGCACCGACCCAGAUGGGGCCUUCAGAGGCCGAGACACAGGACAGUUCGAGGCAGAGCUCUCAGCCUUGGGCGUCUACAUCGACUAUUGUCCACCAGAGGCUCAUCACCGCCUCGGACUCAUCGAACGACACAACAGCACCAUGCGCUACAUCAUGGAGAAGUUGGUGAACCAGAACGGAGUCACUGGCCCUGAUGGCAUGGAGAGAACUUGCGGUGCCGCAACCUAUGCCAAGAACUCUUGCACUUGGAGUUCAGGACGGCCGCCUUUCGUUGCCGCCCUUGGGCGCAUGCCCAGAGUUGGACUGGACUUGCUGUCCAACCCCCGUGGUUUGAUCAUGGGCAGCACUCAAUCAGAAGUCCAACGACACUCGGACUAUCUCCGCAUUGAAGCACAACAACACCUUGCUGCCAUGACAGUUGAUGCUUCUUUGAGACGAGCUCUUCUGAGGAGAACACCACCUCAGGCAGAGUUGGAAGCACCGGUUGGCUCCAUUGUGGCAUACUGGCGAUGGAUCGCUCGUUCUGGGCGGAAGCGUGGCGGGUACAGACUCGCUCGACUUUUGGGACGAGAUCCCGACCAGAAGUCCUUCUGGAUCCAAUCCGGAACAAACACCAUCAAGGUGGCUCAACACCAGAUCCGAGCAGCUCAUGGCUAUGAGCAGUGGAUCCCAGAUGCCGCCGACAUACAAGCACUUCGACAAGCAUCAGCAAACCUUCAGCAAGGCAUCCUACAGGAUGAAGAGAUUGCACAAGCACCACCAGAUACCGAACAGCAGAUCACGGAAGAUCCCUACAUGAACAUCGAAGCCGAGCCAGACACACCAAUGCUCCUGCCCACGCUUACACAGCAGCAUCCGGCAGCAGCAGACACAGAAGCACGACGACAUGAGCAGGUUCAGACCGAACCUCAGGCAUUACACAUACCAGUACAAGAACCGGCAGUGGAGCAACACCUCCACAUGAACAUCAGCUCACCGAGCUACAAGCAGACGAACAUAUACCAACAGCAGACCUUUGGCUUUGGACCAGAAGAGGCAUCCAGAGCACCAGUGCGCACACCCGUGCGACAACCGUACAGAGCACGUUCCAAGACACCAGUUCGGCGACUUGGAGGCACAACGAGUCCGCAGCAGCAGUUGGAAGCGCCUGCAGAAGCACAAGCACCAGCAGCCGCAGCAGGACAUGGCACUUCACCAACAGGUGACACUUCACAAGUCAUCGACCUGACACCCGAUGACGAAACAGCAGAGGCAAAAGCACUUGCACGGAUGAUUCCCAGAACACCUGAGGAGUUGUCUGGACAAACGACACCGACACUUGCGGAACUUGAGCAUCGGCACACACCGGCAAAGCGAAGCAUAGCAGAAACAUCACCAGAGGCACUCUUGGAGAGCAGCUCCAAGGGACAAGCAACAGGCAGUGCACCACACACAGUGGCAUUGACACACAACCACCUGAUUUACAACACAGCAGAUGGCAUCCACACGCAAGAGGAUGGCUUCGACGGCACGGAGACCAUCAAGAUGCCACACAAUGCACACACCUGCCUGAAUGCUUACCGGCGCUCACCUGACUACGCCGGCAACGGCGACAGUGAAGAGUCAGAAGACGGUGGUCCUGACCUUCGUGGCCUCAAGCCAUCCGGCAGCCCACCGCUGUCAAGGAUUGAGCAGAAAGCCCUGGACAAGGAACUUCCUUGGCAAUUCAUCAUGCAGCAAUCCGAAGAGUACAUCCAGGCCUUCGUGAAGUCAGCUCAAGAUGAAGAAGCUUCCUGGAACCAGUGGGAAAGCGUGAGGCCAUUGUCAGAGAAGGAGGCUGAGCAUGUGUACUCCACGCCACACCUUCGAAAAAGGAUUCUCAAAAGCCGCUCAGCUUUUCGAGACAAGAACAAGCACAUACCGCCCUUGAAGGCGAAGACUCGUGUCGUGGCCAUCGGAUGCCUCGACCCGGACAUCUUCAGUUUGAAUCGUGAAUGUGCUACCCCCACUCGUCAAGCCGAGUUUGUUUUGCUGGCCUUUUUCAUUUGUGGCAAGAACAAGAUGCUCUUGACACAAGAGAGCACGUGGACGUUGUGGAGUGGUGAUGUGAAGACGGCAUUUCUCCAGGGACAACAAGAAGGCCGUGCAGCGCCGCUGUACCUGGCACCUCCUCGUGAUCCAAUCACGGUUCGAGCGCGAACAUUUGCUGCCCCUUUGUAUGAAGUCCGUGGCAACAUCUACGGAUUGGCAAAUGCUCCAAGGGUUUGGUCAUUGGAAGUCACCAAGCGACUUUUGAAGGCUGGAUACGUACGCCACACACUGGACCAUCAGCUCUUUUACUACUUCCAGAAGCCUCCAGGUGGUUCAGAGGAAGUGUUGAUGAGCGUCCUUAUGGUGUACGUGGACGACUUCCUCCUCGCCCAUGAUGACAGGUAUGACCGUGAGCAUGUUUUGAGUCUUUUUACCUGGGGCUCCAAGACUGAGCUCACAACAGAAGAGAGCAUUUGUUUCAAGGGCAAGCAAAUUCACUUGAAGUUCGAUCGCCAGAAGAAUGUGUACUUUUUGAGUCUGGUGCAGACAGCUUUCAUCGAGAGCAUGCGUGGCCCUCAGACGAAGAUCCCGAAGAGCAAGUUCGACCAGGAACUGGCCACUGAGGACCUCUCUGAGAUGCGCUCAGUCGCUGGAAGUUUGCAGUGGGUCUCAGGCCAAACAAGGCCGGACGUUGCCGCCACUGUUUCUUUGAGCUCCCGUGGUCAGAAGACCAAGUACAGUGACUUGGCGGCCAUGUUUGAAGCUGUCGCUCACCUCCAGAGUACAAAGCAUUUAGGCUUGAACUUGUUCCCAGUGGUUUUGAAUGAGACCACCCACUUGCUGACCCUUUCGGAUUCGAGCUGGGCAAACGCCGAAUCCUUUGCUUCGCAGCACGGCUGCCUGACUUUGUUGGCAGAGCCAUCGAUCGUCGAGAGAACCGGGACUGCACUCCUCCUCGACUUUAAGUCGUCCCGGAGUCCUCGCAUCUGCCGUAGCACUUUGGCAGCCGAGGCAUCGGCAGCUGACAUGAACGCCAAGAUCGACCCACCCAUCCAUGUCUACAUGGUCUCCCAGAACCUGCAGAUGCUGGAUGUGGAAGAAGGUGUCUUGAGCUCGGUGCCGAACUUGAUCCUCUUCAGCUUGGUGGGCUGCCUGGUGAUGAUCGGCCUGAUCUUCCGAUCUGCGGCGCAUGGGGUCUUUCAGCUGGGCUGGUUGCGGACCUUGGGUCUUCCCCUCGGCGGCACCGAAGGCGCGCUGGGUGGAGAGGUGGAGAGGUGUGAAGUGAUGCGAAGUGGAACGGUGGACAAGGUCCUGGGUCUCGCACUGGACUAUGACAUUUUCCUGCUGGGGAGAAUGUCCGAGCUCCGAGAUCGUGGGCUUCCCACCAUGGAAGCGGCCGCGGGGCCCGAACCGCUGAGCCGUUCACGCAGCGGAGUUGUCGGGGGGCUGAAGGCUUUUUGGGUUUUGCCACUGCUCAAGCUGAGCGGUUUGGGCAGUGUUUUUGCAGCUGUUUUUGCAGUGGCCGAUGGCGUCGCACAGACGGGCCACGUGAUCACCUGUGCAGGGCUCAUGAUGGCCAUUGCCUUUGGAGGGAUGCUGCUCUCCGAUGUGCGCCGUUUCACCCGACCCGACCUGACUGCCAACGAAGAGAGCCCAGAGUGUAGUGCCCCAGUGCCCGUGGGAUGCCAUGAGGACACCUUCGUGGUGCGGACCAUUGUGACGCCGGCACUGACCGCGGCACUGGGCGAGGCCAAUUGGUGGCCCAGGGAGUGGAAGAACUACGACUGA